GAUCAAUCCGUCGUUGAGCAACUUCCUUCUGCAGAAUUUCCUUCUUGCAUAGCGGUGCACGUACAUUACUCCCUCCAAGAUCAGAGAUGGAUAAUGUUCUCGUCGACCGAUCAGCAGGCGGCCAAAACCUCCGGCGGAGGGCUGCAGGCGCAGGCUGCCGGAGGCUCGCGAUGAGUUCGCCGGCGCUGCCUCCCAGCGCCUACACUUUCUUCCCUUUUUCCCCAGUUCCUCCUCCGGCUCCAUUCAUAUACGCUCCAUACAACUUCUACUCUUCCAACUCACUCCCGCUCCUUUCUUCCAACCACCCCGGCCUCCCGCCCCGCCCGCCGGUGACCAUCCACAAGCAAGCCAUGUUCCCUUACCGCACGUCGACUCUGCCUCCUCGUCCGGCCUCCGUCAUCAACCAUACUCCACCGACCGAGAUGGUGACGGUGGUGCCGAGGAAGACGGGUGAGUACAAGAGGAAGAAACCGAGGACACCCAGGUCCGCGGAGGAGCCGCCGAGGGCGGCGCAGCGGAGGAAGCCGCUGCAGAGGGCGGCGCCGCUUCCCACGGCGACGGCGGUCACGGAGGCGCUGGACGACCUGGAGCGCCAGGUGACGCGGGGCUUCGUGGAGGACCUGCUACACGCGCUCGCGCCGCCGCCCAGCAGCCUGCCCCUGCCCACCUUCUCCCUCGUCAGGGCGGCCGCCGCCAAGGCCCCGCCCCCGUGCACCGUGUAG